AUGUCUGUUGAGGACCAGAAAGCCGUAAUUGAGUUUGUGGAAGAUGUUGAACCUCAUGGAGUGCAUAAGGGCGGGGUGCUGGUGAGCGCUACAGGGGAUGUUCAGCAGCUGCCCGUACCCAGUAAGGAUGUCAACGACCCUCUCAAUUGGCCGGUCUGGUAUAAGACCGGUGUCAUUGUCAGCUGCUGUUGGUUCUGUAAGGAUUGCUGCUGCUCGAGUAUGCGCAUGGUUACUGACCUGGACUUAGCAAUCAUGUCACUCUCCGUUGUUGGAGGGCUGGGAGCUAUACUUGGACUCUUUAUCGAGACGUAUGGCGCUGAAGGUGUGAGUCCAACCCACGUUGUCUGGUUGAGCACGUUUCCUUCGUUGUUUGUAGGAAUUGGUAAGAGUUUGCUCGUCAAUUGUCAUAGAUUCUACAUCCUAACAUGGACAGGAAACUAUUUGAUUCUCCCUUUGGGUCUCAUAUAUGGCCGCCGAUUUGCCGCAGUCCUCGCUAUCAUUGUCAAUUUCGUUUUUACCAUUGCAUGCGCCGUAUCGUCUAGCUUUGAACAGCACUUCGCUUUCCGCAUCAUACAGGGACUGGCGACCGGUGCCACCGAGUCGCUUCUUCCCUUGAUGCUCUCCGAAGUGACUUUCAUACAUCAACGAGGGCUCAUCUUCGGUCUGUACUGGACGACACAGAACGUCGUAACCAGUUGCCUGAAUAUGGCCAGCUCAUAUGAAGCAGCAGCCCUCGGAUGGCGCUGGUUCUAUUGGGUGUAUGUGAUUGCCAUCGGUGUGGGUCUGAUUCUGGUCGUAUUUGGUUGCUUCGAGACGAAGUAUCAACGUGGUGCACAGUUCCUCAAUGGACAGGUUGUUCUCACAGAUCAAUUUGGUGUGACGCGAGUUCUCAUAGCGGCCGAGGCCCAAUCUUAUCUACAGGCAGCAAAUGCAGAUGAUAACAACAUCCCCGAUGAGACACGGCCUAAGAAAUCCUACCUUCAGAUGCUGAAGUUGUGGCAGAAACCCGUGCAAAACCCUAUUCGAACAGUCCUUAUCACAUGGUUCCACAUGUUCGAGGCUUUCACCUCACCGGGAAUUCUAUACGCCACACUGUUGUCAUCGGUAGUGCUUGGCUCUUCGAUUGGCUGCUCAUUGACCUAUGAUACUGUCCUCCAAAGCUACGGCUGGCCUGCCAAGAAUGUCGGUUUGAUCAAUCUAGGCGGAGUCUUCGGAGGCAUUGCAGCCAUGUUAUACGCCGGUGUGUUUGGCGAUUGGUUUAUUCUGUAUAUGGCUAAGUGCUCCGGUGGUGUUCAUACUCCGGAGCAUCGACUGAUUCUGCUGAUCAUCCCUGGGAUCCUCAUGGUCGUAUCCCUUCUCCUGUAUGGGUUCACUGCGGGCGGCGGUUCUACAUGGGGCGGGCCAUUCAUGGGUUGGACCAUUCUUCAAACCGGCUUUGUGUCGGUUCUGAUCCUUUCUACAUCUUUUGCGGCUGAGGCUUGGGAGAAGAAUCCCGGUCCUGCUCUUGUGACAGUGGUUGGGACUAAGAACAUCAUUUCAUUUGGAAUCAGCUACGGCUUGGUGCCCAUGGUGGCAAAGUAUAGCUACCCGACUGCGAUGGGUAUCCUCACUGCAGUCACAGGUGGUGUUUUUCUCUUUGGAAUUCCAGUUUAUUUCUUCAAUCCUGCUUGGCGUCGAUACAUGCAGCGACGAGAGGAGUCGAGUGCAACUCAAUAG